GUCACUAAUGAUCAUAUUUCAAAUAAAAAUAAGUCAUAUUGCGGACUCCAUUAACUUUUCAAUAAAAUGAGUACCGAAACAACGGGCCAUGAAAUUUUAGAUCGAUAUAGAGUUAUAUCAGGAAAACUUAAAAAACGAUUUUUACGUAAGCCAAACGUCACUGAAGCUUCUGAAUCUUUUGUUAAAUUGGGACAACAAUGCGAGUCUCAGGAUCUUCCAUCCUAUGCUGCCCUUUCUUGGAUGGCCGCUGCUCGUUGCGAAGGAUCUUUAGGAAACAUUCCAGGGGAAACGUCUUAUAUGAUUCGUUCUGCAAGACAGUUUCUGAAUGCUGAAGAAAAAGAUUUUAGCACUGGAUGUGUCCGUGUUCCUUCUGAUAAUUUACAGGCUGGUUUAAGUUGUUUUAACCAUGCCGCCAUUAGAUGUCCGGAAGAGUGCACUAUUCCUGUUGGACUAGAAUUAGAAAUAGUUGAAUUUUUAAAAAGAAUUGAUCGAAAUGAGUAUAUAGAAACUUACAUUCGUAAUUCUGUGGAAAUAUCUGAAGGAAGACCUAAAGCAAAAAUCCACUCUCUGGAUUUAUUGGGGUCUCAUUUUAUUUCAAGUGGUGAUUAUGUUGCAGCAUUGAAAAGUUACCUGGAAGUAAGUGAUACAUUAUGUCAAUUCCAUGACUCUGGUUACAAGUCUGAACUCUUACUUAAAUGUGAAGUUAAUUGUGUUUUCUUGUUGUUAAUAUUACACCCUGUUCCUCAAAAAUUAUCUCCAAAGUUGGGGAAAAUUUUGGAAAAGUAUGCUUGGGGAGACAAAAAUGACAAGAGCAUUGAAAGCUGCCACAUGUCUGAGAAAAUGUUUCUGUUGCUUCAGUCUUUGGUUAUAAUGUGCCAAUCAUUUGACACAAAUGGCUUAACAGAGUUAGAAGGUGAAUUUUGGCCAUUAUUAUCCAAUGAACAAAAAGAUUUGUUGCGAUUAUUGGUUGGAACAUACCAGCUCUAAAUUAUAGUGAAUUGUACUGUGUAAUAUAUAAAAUACCCAAAUAUGAGAAUUUUCUACUGUUUAUGGAUAAUAUUUUUUUUUCAAUAUUGUUAAAAUACUUACUUAUUUUUCAAUAAAUUGUAAGGUAGUAAUU